CUCGGUAGCAUUCUGCUCUAUUUCAAUUUUCGACCGAGUCAUGUAGAUCCAAGAAGACUUGGUGGCCUGCCUCUCAUGAUCGAAAUUUUAAUUUGUCUAAUAUACAUUUCCCUGUGUUUUCUGUGUAAACACCUUUUCCUUUUUCGCUCUCAACUGUCCCGUGUCAUUUCAGGUACGGGUCCAACUCGUCCAUCCGAGUGAAGCAGUGCAGGUCAUCCAGCGGUUGCGAGCUAUUCCAAAUAAGAGAUUCUUCCAAUGCACGUUUGCCGGUAUGAAGCCAAACGCCACCGAAGAGCGAAUUCGGUGCUUCAGUUCUCCCUAUCCCCGCCUCCCGGCCCAACAACAGUGUGAUUUCUCAAAGCCCAGCGUGAACGGGACCUGGUUCUGUAGGAAACCGAAGAGCCUCCCGUGUGACAGCAUCUCAAAGUGCGUCUGGUUAGGCGAAGACUCUGGAUUACUGGACCUUGUGUCUCAAGAAGAGAAGAAGCUCUUCGAAAAGCCGUACCUGGAAGAAGAGCUGGAAGCAAACAUUUCGGUGCCCAUCCGCGUCCUUCCGCCUGACAUGCGCAGUUUUGUAGAUCUUCCGGCGUGUCCUGGGAAGGAGUCUGCCUCUCUGGCCCCGGGUACCCAGGGACAUUGGUCACGUGGGGUUUGGAAGUCAUCCAUCUGCAACGUGCGAGUUUUUGAAACAACGGACGUCCAACGGUGCCUGGCUAAUAAAACCGUUUACCUAUAUGGUGACUCCACCAUUCGCCAGUGGUACGAAAAGCUGCAGACGAUGCUAACGCUACGGAACAUCAAACCAAACACUCCAGUUUUGAGAAGUGGACACAACACCAACUGGAACGUCACUGUCUACUGGCGGUUUCACCACGUCCCUUUCAGAGGAAGAACCUGGUUUAACUUCUCCGAGUUGAGUUACGCUGCUGAUCAACUGGACGCCAUCAAGGGAGGGCCGAACACGGCUGUAGUCCUGAGCCUGUGGUCUCACUUUGCGGGAGAACCGCUGGACAUGAUCCGGUCGCGACUGCACGCCAUACGGCACGCCAUCCACCGCCUUCAACGCAGGGACCCCGGUACACACGUCUUCAUCAGGACUGGAACCACGAGGGAGCACAAGUUUCGAAUGAUGCUGUUCUACCUGACAGGAAGCGAUUGGCUGGCGUACCAGAUCACGGAGGAGAUACGGGAGAUGUUCGGGGCGGAUCCGGACGUGGUCGUGUUAGACACGUGGGACAUGAGCGUGUGCCAGUGGGGCAAAGACCACGUCCAUCCAAAUCAAACUGUAGUGGAUAAUCAACUCAACAUGCUACUUUCUCACGUCUGCCCAAUGUAGAGGGCCUUAGAGGGCUAAGCGAAGCCAAAAAGAUGGAUUAUAGCGUGUGUAAGGCCUCUAUAGUACUACACAUCGUAGUCCUCUACUAGACAGUCUCUAGCACAAAUGAACAAAGUAGACUAAAGAUUCGCGUCUGACUCAGCUUUACACUCACCGACAGGGAGCCUAACAGUAAGCAGGACACCUGUUCUCUGAUUGUGUGGACCGAAGAAAACGGUACAAAAUCGAAAACCCAACGAAACACCGAAAAACAUGCCAAUAACAGUAGGACCCGAACCUCUGCUUGGAGAGUACAUAAGCAAGGUGUUGAUUUGACCCAUUGAUGUUACAGCCUGUCUUCGGCGAAAGUAGCGCAGUGCCAUAUCUGAGUUGGCAAAUAGGCUGCGCAAAAAAAGGGAUUGCGCAACCAAAUUCUGACUGGCGUCCAUGAACCAAUAAAUCUCAGAAAAACUAUUAUGAAAUGAGAGUAACCAAUGUUUCUAACUUGCACAGAACAAGAAAAACUUAGAAAAAAAAAGAAAUAUUGUAAGUAUCAAUAAAUUUAUUAAUAGUAUGCACCAUGCUUAUAUGAUAGCUUACUCAGGAGCUAUGUUAUUCCAAGUUAUAACACCAGUCUCUUAAUCAAACAUACUCUACUAAAGAAUCUAAAUCUACAUCAAUGUGAGAUGAAAAAACAUCAUUUCCUACUGUAGUAAACUAGAAGAUAUUGAUAGAUAUGUAAGUAUAUGAAUAUGUAUACCAAAAAGGGAAUUCCUACGAAAAAGCACUAAAAAAACUAUGUCAGUAUAGUUUGCAAAACAUUUAUACAAGUGUUACAUGUUAAGUUUUUACAUAUUAAGAUAAUGUAAAAUGUAUAAAAAGAUCCUAAUUUGAUAA